AUGGCGAAGACCAAAGAGCUGUCUAAGGACACCAGGGACAAAACUGUAGACCUACACAAGGGUGGGAUGGGCUGCAGGACAAUAAGCCAGCAGCUUGGUGGAAGGCAGCAACUUGUGAGGGGUGAUGAGCAGAGUACAGGGGACAUUCCUACAGAUAACCGUCCAGAUGACUGUACCAGGAACUCAGAGGAACAUCUGAUAUCUUCUGAUUUUAAAGUAGAGGUUUGUUGUAUCACACAAGAUACAUAUGAAGAACAUGCCUAUAUCCAAGAUAUAUCCUCAUCUAUUCACAAGAAAAAUGUAUCAUCUGAUCCUUUUAAACAGGUCCAAUCUUCUAAAUCGUCACAGACUAUAACACAAAAUAAAAGUCACAUAAAAAUCACAAAGUCACAAAGUAGUGAAAGUCAAACAGCUCACUUAAGAGAGAAGCCAUUUUUAUGUGUAGAAUGUGGAAAAUGUUAUAGUUAUGAAUUGGAACUUGUUACACAUCAGAGAAUUCACACAGGGGAGAAGCCAUAUUCAUGUUCAGAAUGUGGGAAAUGUUGUUAUCGUAAAUCAGACCUUGUUAAACAUGAGAGAAUUCACACAGGGGAAAAGCCAUAUUCAUGUUCAGAAUGUGGGAAAUGUUUCGCUAGAAAACCGAAUCUUGUUAAACAUAAGAGAGUUCACACAGGGGAGAAGCCAUAUUCAUGUUCAGAAUGUGGAAAAUGCUUUGCUGAAAAACAACAUCUGGUUAGACAUCAAAUAACUCAUACAGGGGAGAAGCCAUUUUCAUGCUCAGAAUGUGGGAGAUAUUAUAGAUAUAAACAGGAACUUGUUAGACAUCAAAGAAUGCACACAGGGGAGAAGCCAUUCUCAUGUUCAGAAUGUGGGAAAUGUUUUGCUUCAAAAGAAUAUCUUAUUACACAUCAAAGAAAUCACAAAGGGGAGAAGCCAUUUUCAUGUUCAGAAUGUGGAAAAUGCUUUGCUGGAAAACAAUAUCUGGUUAGACAUCAAAUAACUCAUACAGGGGAGAAGCCAUUUUCAUGUUCAGAAUGUGGGAGAUAUUAUAGAUAUGAACGGGAACUUGUUAGACAUCAAAGAAUGCACACAGGGGAGAAGCCAUUUUCAUGUUCAGAAUGUGGGAAAUGUUUUGCUUUAAAAAAAUAUCUUGUUACACAUCAAAAAAUUCACACAAGGGAGAAGCCAUUUUCAUGUUCAGAAUGUGAAAAAUACUUUUCUGGAAAGCAAGAUCUGGUUAGACAUCAAAGAACUCAUACAGGGGAGAAGCCAUUUUCAUGUUCAGAAUGUGGGAGAUAUUAUAGAUAUGAACAGGAACUUGUUAGACAUCAAAGAAUGCACACAGGGGAGAAGCCAUAUUCAUGUUCAGAAUGUGGGAAAUGUUUUGCAAUAAAAAAAUAUCUUGUUACACAUCAGAGAAGUCACACAGGGGAGAAGCAACAUUCAUGUUCAGAAUGUGGAAAAUGUUUUAGUGAUAGAGCAGCUUUCUUUAUACAUCAGAGAAUUCACACAGGGGAGAAGCCAUUUUUAUGUUCAGAAUGUGGGAAAUGUUUUAGUGAUAAAUCCGUUCUUGUUAUACAUCAGAGAAUUCACACAGGGGAGAAGCCGUUUUCAUGUUCAGAAUGUGGAAAAUCUUUUCGUGAGAAAUCAUCUCUUGUUACUCAUCGGCGAAUUCACACAGGGGUAAAGCCAUUUUCAUGUUCAGAAUGUGGGAAAUGCUUUAGUGAUAAAUCAGUUCUUGUUGUACAUCAGAGAAUUCACACAGGGGAGAAGCCAUUUUCAUGUUCAGAAUGUGGGAAAUGUUUUCAGCAAAAAUCAUCUCUUGUUAAACAUCAGAGAAUUCACACAGGGGAAAAGCCAUUUUCAUGUUCAGAAUGUGGGAAAUGUUUUCAGCAAAAAUCAUCUCUUGUUACACAUCAGAAAAUUCACACAGGGGAGAAGCCAUAUUCAUGUUCAGAAUGUGGGAAAUGUUUUUAUCAUAAACCACAUCUUGUUAAACAUAAAAAAACUCACAUAGGAGAGAAGCCAUCUUCAUGUUCAGCCCGUUAGUGACUUUCCAUACAUGUUUUUACAGCAGUCAAUAACUGGCUUUAAUCUAACAGAAUACGCCUUUUGACAUUGCUGCAUCAGAAUGAAAUAGCACUGAUGGGCAGUAAAAUGGGACCUUGCUUUCAGCUACCAAAUGUAUAUGGGUGCAUAGAGCAAUGAUCUCCUGUAUUGAAUGAGUGCCGGUGAUCAACAAUAAAAUAUUGGUAAAGAUGUCUUUUUUUUUUCUAAAUCUUAAAAAUCUUUAAUCACCUUUAUCUCCUAUUUAUGUCUUGAGGAGAUAAAUAUUCAGAAGA